AUGACAUCUACAAAUAUUGAUUGGAAGCUAAUGAUUGAUAUGAAAUUUGAUUCAUCAGAGACAACUUUUCAAUUUUGGCACGCAUAUGGUGCACACGGUGGCUUUGGCGUUAGAAAACAUUAUGUGAACAAGAAUAAAAAAAAUGGUUCUAUAUCAUCAUAUAGGUUUGUUUGUUGCGAGGAAGGACUACGACAUGAAGACAAGAGAGAUGCUUUUGUUAAUAGUCGUAGAGUUGAAACUAUAACUAAUUACAAAGCAAGGAUUUCUAUUGUAUUAAAGAAUGAAAAAUUUAUUAUUCGCAAAUUCAUAGAGGAUCAUAACCACUUUAUGCAACAACUAGAGACCACAUACAUGCUAGCAUCACAUAGAAAGAUAACCGAGGUCCAAACAUAUGAAAUUGAUUUAGUUGAUGACUCUGGAUUAAGACAAAAGUCAACAUUUCAACUUAUGUGCACACAGGCGCGACAUAGUUCUAAUCUUGAAUAUACACGUCUGGGUAUAAAUUUUUUAUCUCAAUACAAGAAGACAAAGAAGCAUGGUGUAUGA